AGGACCCAUGCGAGCAAACAAACUUUAUUCACAAAGUUAUUCACGAACCGUCGUUGACUAGUUUUGACUCGUUUUUCCAAAAGCAAUCAUGCCCAGUGGUUGUUUGGUACCCGGUUGCACCGAAAAGUCGAGGUUGGGACAGAGUGUAAGUUUUCACGGUUUGCCAGUGAAAGACGCUCAGCGUUGCAAACUAUGGCUGCGGGCGAUAAACAACCCCAGAGUUGGAGAAGACACCGGGAAGGAAAUUAUAAAAGGAAAAACGAUAUGCAGUCUCCAUUUCAAACUGGAGGAUUUUGAUGGAAGACUUUUCGGGAAGAUAAGGUCCGCACUCAAACCAACUGCUGUUCCGUGCGUCUUCGCUGUGGGCCCGUGCCCAGAUGACGAACAGGCCGGGGCUUCUAAUGCACCUCCCGCAGCGAAACGCAGUCGCCUACAGAACGCUGAUAGUGGUCAUGGCGCAUUGACUCUCUCUGCAUCCUCCAACCCGCUGAAGACCUUCCCUUUGACAUCCACACCAGUGAAAACCUUUCCCUCGGACCAAGGACUAUCGACAUCGUGCCCCGACACACCUGGGACCCUUGAUUCAAGUUUUAGCACUGUGGGUGAAGCAGACGAAAACUACCAGCCCAACACAACUGUCACCCCCACCCCCUUUGACUGUGGGGCGCAAAGGAAGGUGACGUGGACAUGUCUUGCUGGACAUUCCGGGACAUGGAGAUCAUCGCCUGAAGUGAGGGGAAUGGCAGAGGUGAACCUCCUCGCAGCGGCAGCUGUUCAGUUCAGGGGUGGCACGUACACUGAACUGUCAGACUGGUGCAAGACCAUGAAUGUCCAAAUGAUCGCCAAGACUACAUUUUAUGAGAUGCAGAAGGCUUACUUGCACCCUGCCAUUGAAGACCUAUAUCAACAACAGAGAAAAUAAAUCAUGGCCAUAGUGUACCAAGAACAGGAGGAUGGGAAGAAGCUACACUUGUCAGGGGAUGGCCGGUGUGACACCCCAGGUUUCAGUGCCAAAAACUGCCAUUACACCUUCAUGUUGGACGACACCAAGGAGAUUAUUCACACAGAACUGCUGCAGAAGCCGGCAGCUCUGUUGCCAUGGAACCACUCGGUUUCAAAAGGGGCAUGAAGGAGAUCAUGGGUGAUGGCUUAGAUAUUGAGGUGAUGACCACGGACCGCUCAACAUCUAUACGCACGAUCAUGAGGGAAGAAUUCCCCAAUGUUCAGCAUGAGUUUGACAUCUGGCAUACAGCGAAAGGUUUGAGGAAGAAGAUACAGAGGAAAGGAGCAAUUAAAGGGAACGAAAUUCUUGCUGCAUGGAGCAGCUCAAUCAUAAACCACAUGUGGUUUACCUGUGCAACAAGCAAGGGUGAUGCAGAGAUACUGAAAUGCAGAUGGCAGUCCAUUCUACACCACGUGUGUAAUGAGCAUGAAUGGACAGAGGAUGAUGGACAAACAAACCGGUGUGGACAUCAUCCUCUAACAGCCCAGGAGCAAAGCAAGCGCCAAUGGAUGAAGAGGGAGUCUUCAGCGUUUGAAAAUCUCGAAUCGCUGGUAAAUGACAAAAGGCUUUUGAAAGACCUGGAACAGAUGGCCCUGUUCAAACACACUGGCCCGCUGGAGAUCUUUCACAGUGCAAUGCUCAAGUACCUCCCAAAAAGGCAGGGAUUCUCUUUCCAGGGAAUGAGAGAAAGGGGUCAUCUUGCAUGUUUGGAGCACAAUGAAAACAUUGUCAAAAGAAAGCAGGCCACAACCAAGACAGGACAACCACGCUUCAACCAAGUGUUUUGCAGGAGAUCCAAGCAGUGGGUCGUGAAGCAGAUAUUUAUUCCACACACCACCCAGUUCAUUGACACACUUGUCACAAGUGUCAUAACCAGAAGACGAAACCCAACGAUUCUAUAUAAGGUUUCAACAUCCUCACUUGCCCUGCCCCAGCCUGCGCUGCCACCUAACAUUGCACCAGUGCCAAAACCACCAAAGGAGGCGGCAGUGGCUGAAUUAAAAAGGCGCUUCUGAGAGGGACAUCUGACCUAUUUUAUCUAUUUAAACGUAUCUUUUAUAAAACAUUUGUUUUCAAUCUUAUCUUUGUAAAUAUUGGAUCAUUUUCCUUUGUGAAUAAAAUCUUAUUGUUUUUACUACCUUA